GGAAAGGGCUAUCCUGAUGUUGCGACUAGGCAACUAAUUAAAUUAUUUUGUGAUUUACAACCUAAAAUCAAAAUUUUGGGCUUCUUUGAUAGUGAUCCUCAUGGGAUAGAAAUUUUAAGUAUCUAUAAAUACGGGUCGCAGGCCAAAUAUUACGAUAAUGAAAAUUUGGCUGUCCAAAAUUUUUGUUGGAUCGGUUUGCAGUGCAGGGAUAGAAAGGAUUAUGAUAUCCCAGAUAGUGCACUAAUCAAAAUGAUGAGCAACGAUCUAAAAAAGUGCAGAGAAUUAUUAAAAAAUGAUAAUUUACCAGAGACCUGGGGGACUGAAUUAAAAAGGCUUUUAAAAUCCAAAAAGAAAGCCGAAAUUGAAUCGCUUUGUUAUAAUGAUAAUAACAAUAUGUUGAAUUAUCUAAUAUCAAAAGCUAAUAAUA